GAGAACACACGCCGAGCAGCGCAACAAUAAGAAAGUAAAAGAAAAAACAUUCGACACGCGAGCCGAAGGAAAGAACAAUCGAGAUAUUUAGUCGAGUCAAGAAUCGAUUCGACGGUUGAGUUCUAUGAUUUGAAUGUAGAAUGUGUCGGUGUGCACGAGUGAUGUACAGACGCGCGCGAUGUUGAUGUGGUCAGUAUGAGCCGGGCGUGAGACUUGGACGGAUGCACCCCACGGGCGCGGCCAGCCUGCCCGCCGCACCAGAGGCGGAGGUGCAAGCUAUGCACUCGAUGGACUGGCUCUUCAAGAAAGAGAGAAUUUAUUUACUAGCGCAGUUCUGGCAACAGGUAAAUUAAGUUCCCGUUUCUGAAACUACAGUACGUUAAGAUGCUGUGUCUCUAUCAGCGAGCCACACUGGCCGAGAAAGAAGUGACCACGUUGAAAGAACAACUGGCCACCACCAGCCCGACCCCCCUCCAGGCCACAGUCCCUAAAACCAAUGGCUCCCACAUAGAACCCACCAGGGACCAAGCCACGGAGACGAGGAUCGACAGGUUCAGUCCUGACAUCAAAGAAGAGAAGCAAGACGUUGAUGACGACGUAGAACAGAAGAUGGAGAUGGCAGCCACUGGGAGAAGUAACAGCAACUCCUCCAGGAGUAGUCCCGUGGUCCACCAGCCAGGGAAUCUGGAGGUAGAACUUGCUGCUAAAGAGAAAGAGAUCGCCCAACUAGUAGAUGACGUGCGCCGUCUCCAGGCAUCGCUGACAGCGCUGCAGGAAGCCCAUGCUCAGCAGCUGCAGCGGCUAGAAGAGCGGCUGGACGAGAAGAAACAGCACAUUGCCAGGCUGGAAGCGAGGCUCGACACACAGAGGGACUAUGAUGAUAUCAAGAGAGAAAUCAGCAUGCUCCGAGCCCUCGACCUGGGUGGCGGGGAGCGGUCUCUAGACCGCAAGCCUGAGCUGCGCUCGCCGAGCACCGCGCCCUCGCUGCGGGACCACUCGGCCGAGCGCGAGCGGAGCGCCGAGCGCCGGGACACAGGUGUGGAGGAGUGGCCCAGCACGCCGCCGCCGCUCAACAACAACACCACGCACCACAACAACAACGGGCCCACGCCGCUGCCGCUGCCCCCGCCGAGCCCCUUCCGCUUCGAGGAGCACCGCACCUACAGGUUCGCCGAGGACAUGGGUCCGCUCCCGCCAGGAGCUCUCGUGGGACGACUCGGCGACUCCCUCAUCCCCAAAGGCGACCCUAUGGAGGCGCGACUACAAGAGAUGCUCAGAUACAACAUCGACAAAUACGCCAACACCAACUUGGACACGCUGCACAUAAGCCGGAGAGUGCGAGAGCUGCUGUCGGUGCACAACAUUGGCCAGAGACUGUUUGCCAAGUACGUGUUGGGGCUGUCGCAGGGCACGGUGUCGGAACUGCUGUCGAAGCCGAAGCCGUGGGACAAGCUGACGGAGAAGGGCCGCGACUCGUACAGCAAGAUGCACGCGUGGGCCUGCGACGAGGCCGCCAUCAUGCUGCUCAAGUCACUGAUCCCUAAAAAAGGUAUUUUCUAUACACAUUCAUUCACGUCUGAUUAGAUAUUAUUGCGGAAU